AUGACAUCUCUCCAGCACAACAGCAUCAUGCAGCAGACGAAUGCCUGGAGACGGGCGGGCGCGCCUCUGCUGGGCUGCAACGAGGGCGAUGUUUGCGACGAAGAGACGAGACGGGACGUGGACCUGAUGAUCCUCGACUACAUCGUCUGCGCAGCCCUCACAUCCAUCCUGCACGAGCGCAUCGCGGACAGACAGGGCGCAGAGCAGCAGCAGGAGGGCACCCACGGCUGUGACAGGUGGCUUGAGAUAGCAGAGGCUACGUUGCACCUGUUCAAGACGAACAACCCCGGAGAAACGCUCUCGGACGACAUCAAAUUCAAGAUAAAGACACUCAACUUCUCAAACCUCUUCUUCAGACGGUUCAAGCGGACGGCUUACCUGCCGUCUCGCGCGGCUCUGGCUGCUCAACGCAAGAAAAGCCGUGAGAGGGCCAGACGAUGGCUCGAGGAGAACAGCUUCCAGGAGACUACUCCUGCAGAGGAGCUGGAUCGGGCAUUUGAACAUGUCCAACCCAUAUCAGCCUCGCAGAUAGAUGAGAAUCGGCGGACGUUGCUUGACCAUAUGGCUGUCAAGGAGACGGAGGACUACCAGUUUGACAUUGAAGCGUCUGUCACGCUGUGUGAUAUCCUGCCGGAGCUGAUGGAGCUCUGCGACUCAGCCCCUGAAUCCGUCAGUGAUGAUAUCUGCACCGUUGCUGUCUUGUUUAUGCUACAUGCUGCUAUAGAGCAGGGCUUACUAUAUGGUCGGGUGGGGAGGGAGGUCCUCGACGAGACAUUCGCAUGGGGGAACCAAGAUGAUGACCACAGCUGGGCGGAGACAAGGGAUCGGCAUCGGCUAUCUCUUUGUCCGAAUGUUGACGAUGCCGCCGAGGGCAAUGAUGAUGAUGAUGAUGAUGGUGAUGCGGAUGAAGACUAUGGCGAGCAGUUGAAAAGGAUCAUCUACGAGAACCCCCCGUUCGAGUUUGAAGGAGAGGUCCUGAACUUGAUAAAGACGUUGCAGCAGACCUGGGAUGCACCAAUCCUUAACCAGCUGGAGCAAGGCAAAUUAUAUUCAUUAGGCGAGGAUGAAGUCGCGGCUUUCAAGCGACGGGUGGUAUUCAAUGAUUUCGGGAGUUAG